AUGGGGGCUGCAAGCUCUAAAACAGAAGAAGACAAAGCUUUGCAGCUUUGUCGUGAAAGAAAGAAAUUUGUUAGGCAAGCACUUGAUGGCAGGUGCUCACUAGCAGCUGCUCAUGUUAUGUAUAUUCACUCGCUGAGAAGUACAGGAACUGCUCUUAGGAAGUUUGUUGAAACUGAAGUUCCUAUCGAAUCUUCGUUGUACACGUCCACUAAUGCAACGCCAGAGCCUCUUGCUCUGACUGAGAAGUCUCUUUCCCAUUUCUCAGUCUCCUCUCCAUCUUUAUCUCACCCUGUUGAUGUAGCUGAAAACAUUUCUCCUUCACCAUCUCCUCCCAGCUCAAGUCGGAUUCAGGCACAUCAUAUGAAAUUUAUGGGCUUUUCUUCUAAAAAAGUUGAAGAGAAACCUCCUGUAGUUGUUACAGGGACAGUAACCUCAUCCAGUACCCCACAGAAUACCACAACUCGUUCCACUGAAAAAAAUGAAACAUCACAGUUUGAAGAUUCAUCAGUCCCAUCAGGGACUCCACAAUGGGAUUACUUCGAACUUUUUCAUCCUAUUGAUCACCAAUUUUCUUUCCAAGAUGGAAGGCAAAUGAACCAUGGGUUGGACGGUGCUGAUGAUUUAAUACAGCUCAGGGAAGAGGAAGGAAUUCCUGAGCUGGAAGACGAAGAAGAGAAAGCUUCAUUUCAUGAAAGUGCAGAAUCUGAGGGUUCGGAAGAUGAAUUUGAUGAUCCUCCUGCAGAUACUUUGGUUCGAAGUUUUGAAAAUCUUAACAGGGUACAUGAUCAUGUAGCACCUAGUGCCUCACCAACCACGCCUUCUGCUGGGGUUGCAGCUUCAGAAACUGAGUUGUUGAAUGGGGAGAAAGGCAACUCUCCUGGUUUGUCGCCAUUAAGAACACCAUCAUCAGCAGUUACUGUUUCAGCUGACAGAAAGAACACACCGAUGAAGGAAGAUCAAUCAGAAAAUAACGUUUCUUCUAAGGACUUCUUUUCAAGCAUAAAAGAUAUAGAAUAUCUCUUUAUAAAAGCUUCUGAAUCUGGUCAAGAAGUUCCGAGGAUGCUUGAAGCAAAUAAAUUGCAUUUCCGUCCAAUAGCUCCUGGAAAAGAAAAUGGAUCAGUGGCAUCUACAUUCUUCAAGGCCUGUUUUUCUUGCAGGGAAGACCCUAGCCAAGUGCAAGAAGAGCCUGCCCAAAAUGAUGUGAAGUACUUAACUUGGCAUAGGACGACAUCAUCACGAUCAUCUUCAUCCCGGAAUCUUCUUGGAUUAAAUGCCAAGGAUGAUUCAGAGAAUCUGGCUGGUAAUCUUUUUGAUAAUUUUUGUAUGACCUCUGGCAGUCAUGUUUCGACCUUAGACAGGCUAUAUGCUUGGGAGAGGAAACUUUAUGAUGAAGUCAAGGCUAGUGAGAUGGUCAGAAGGGAGUAUGACAUGCACUGUAGAAAUUUGAGACAACUGGAAUCAAGUGGAAUAAGUCUCCAUAAUACCAAAAUUGAUAAAACUCGUGCUGUUGUUAAAGAUCUGCACUCGAGGAUCAGAGUUGCCCUUCAAAGAAUCGAUUCUAUCUCGAAGAGGAUUGAGGAAUUGAGGGACAAAGAGCUCCAGCCACAACUCGAGGAAUUAAUUGAAGGGUUGAGUCGGAUGUGGGAAGUGAUGCUUGAAUGCCACAAGCUUCAGUUCAACAUCAUUACAAUAGCAUUCAACAAUGGUAAUGCCAAAUUCUCUAUACAGUCUGAGUCUCAUCGUCAGGUUACUGUCCAUCUAGAAAAAGAACUCAGCUCCCUAUCUUCAAGUUUUACAAAGUGGAUUGGGUCUCAGAUUUCCUACCUGGAGGCUAUAAAUAAUUGGCUUUUUAAAUGUGUCUCUCUUCCACACAAACCUGUCAAGAGAAAAAGGAGGCAAAACACCCCUUCGACGACGUUAAGACACUAUGGCCCACCUGUAUAUGUCACCUGUGGUGUCUGGUUGGACAAGCUUAAGGAAUUGCCUGCAAAGGAAGUUACAGAAUCUAUAAAGUUUUUAGCAGCUGAAACUUCUCGCUAUUUACCACGCCAAGAGAAGAACCAUGGGAAGAAUGCAAACAUCUCAUCAUGGAAGGCUGAUAACGGCAGUGAUUCAGCAGUUAACAUGUUGAGAGAUGAGGCAUCGGAGGAUUUUAUUAUAGGUUUUGAGCCUUUUCGAUCAAGGUUGGAGGGAUUUCUUAGUCAGUUGUACAACUUUGCUAAGGCUUCUGUCAACGUGUAUGCAGAACUUGAAAAGGAAAUCCAGGAUGCCAAGUGUAAGUAUGAAGGAUUGAAAUCCGAACAGCAAGUUGCUUAA